AUGACUAUAUCCUAUCUUUUGACCGGAGUAACCGGUGGACUAGGCGCCAAGGUCCUUAACGACAUGCUUCACAAGCACAAGAUUCACGCCUCCGAUAUCGUUGCUACCUCUCGCAGCGAAGGCAGUCGAGCCCGGUUCGAAUCUCAAGGCCUCCACUUCCGAAUUGCAGACUACGGUCGGCUCGAAACGCUCGAGGCAGCUUUCAACGACAUCGAUACUCUCCUCUUCAUGUCAAGCUCUCAGCGUGACACACCAGCGCGCAGUGCCGAGCAUCGAAAUGUUAUCGAGGCUGCGAAGACGGCAGGCGUCAAGAAGGUGUGGUAUGUUAGCCUGGCGCUCGGCGGCUACGGCGGUGAUAGCAAGGUUGGGUUUCAGCAGGCACACUACGCAACUGAAGAUAUGCUCGUUCAGUCUGGUCUUGAUUUCGUCUCUCUCCGGGCCGGAAUAUAUACUAAUGCAUUCCCACUGGCUCUGAAUUGGUAUCCUUCGUCGAACUUCGAACCCCCAGUGGACCAAGGGAGCGUCGCGUUCACGUCCCGUGAUGAGCUCGGAGAAGGUAUAGCAACGCUACUGGCCAAAGGUCUGGGAGCGUUCCCUUCUGUGACGCCGCAGACUGCGAGUAGGAUCAUCCUACUUACUGGCCCACAAGCGGAAACUUUGGUAGAUAUUGUCAAAGCCAUUGACAAAGUCCGUCAGACAAAUACUCCAAUACAGAUAUUGGAGCCUGAUGCUUGGAUCGAUGCUUGCAGCAUGGACGAUGAAGGAGGGAAAGGUCGGGCAUGGUUUGAGGCGCGAUUGGUCUGGCUGCAGGGCAUGUGCAAUGGCGAGGCAGAGCUUGUAGAUCCGGCGUUGGAGACAGUACUUGGACGGCGACCAGAGACGGGUACGGAAACGAUCGAGACACUGUUGACAUCCGAGCCGGACUACUACUGGCACCAAAACCACGUAGUGCCGCCGAAGACACGUUAA